AACCAUAAUUAUCACACGAUGUGAAAAGAGCUGCUUUAGCCCGUCACGAACCCUCUUACACUGAGUCUCGUCCAUUAUCAUCCACAAUCCCCAAGAAAAGGAAGUACUAACACACCAUGGCUCUAUCAUCCCAGCUGCUACCUUUCCCCGUCAGCCUCAACAAGGCAGAUUGUGAGUUCAUUCUCCUCGGGCACUAUUUGCGCCACCCCAAGGGCGGAAUCUGCCACCUCUGCCAGAGCUCCAUCCUCAACACCUUCGUCGCACUCUCUGCCAAACAUGGCACAGGCCUGCAGCUAUUCCCUUCCCAGCUAACCGACCAGCGCUACCCAGCCGAGGUCGCUCAGCGCCGAGAUAACGCUUUAGUCAACGCAAUCUGCUGGCGAAUCGCGAACAAGGCCGAGUUCGACAACCUCCUGCACAACGGCUGGAUCGCCAUGUUCGAGUCGGCCAGGAGCACCUCCACCACCACCUACGACCCAACCCAACAACAGCAGCGGCACCACCAGCCCCCCAACCCCUCCGCCGCCCCUCCCCCGCACCUCAUCACCGCCACCCGCUUCUUCCCCCCGGAAAUCAACUACGCCGUCACCACCAGCGAGGAGUGGCUCACCAAACUCUGGUUCGCCUGCGCGGGUCACUACACCACCAACGACCUCUUGCGGGGGCGCGCCUACUCGGGCUACGCCGCCUUCGAGGGUAUGCACCUGCGGCGGGUCGUGGCGGGCUUCCAGCCGUACCACGACGGGGCGUGCGCGUGCGCGUGCGCCGACAGCGACCGGCAGGCGAUGGCCGCCGCCGGCCUGCAGGCCGGGUUCCCCGCGCAGACUUGGUUGGAUAGCGGGACCCCGCCGCAUGUGGAAGUGGUGAUGCGCUACACGGAUCCGGUGAUCAGGGAGGCGUACGGGCGGUAUUGUGGCGAGCUCGCUGCGCGCGGUGGUGGGGAGUGGGUCCUGCCGCUGGUGAGGAUGUGGGAUCAGUCGGGGUUUAAAGAGUGGUUGGUGCUGAUAGUGCAGAAGGCGGAGGCGGGGAUGGACUCGCAGGCGAUGGAGGGUGUUGAACGUGACGAGGAUGUUGAGCUUGAGGAGGCGGCGAAGACGCUGCUGGCGUUGAAGCUGGGCGGGGAUGCUCAGGCUUGUUGCUGAAGGUGGUGGGGUAUAAGU